AUGGCAAUCUCUUUAAUCAGAUCGCUGAAAUUGCAGAACGGGAAGACUUGGGCACUGGACUUUACGCCGCAGGGCAACAAAUUGGCCAUCGCAUCGGAGGACCACAAGAUUAAGCUGGUUGAGAUUGAGUCGCUGGAGAAGAAACAAUUCAAGCUAGUCAAUGUGCUCGACGAUACGGUGCACAAAAAGGCAGUGAGAACAGUCGCUUGGAGACCGCAUUCUAACCCGCCUUGUCUCGCAGCAGGGUCGUUCGACACCACCGUCUCCAUUUGGAGUUUCGCCAACAAUGACAACGCAAUUGAGGAUGAUGAUGAUGAUGAUGAUGCUGGAGCAGGCUUAGAAGCGAAUGAGAUGGACUUAAUGGCCAUCAUUGAGGGCCACGAAAAUGAAAUAAAGGGGAUUGCCUGGUCCCACGAUGGGAUGUUUCUGGCCACCUGUUCCCGUGAUAAGUCAGUUUGGAUAUGGGAAACAGAUGAAAUGGGGGAAGACUUUGAAUGUGUUAGUGUACUGCAAGAACACUCGCAAGAUGUAAAGGACGUUACAUGGCACCCCUCAAAGUACCUAUUGGCCUCUAGUUCUUACGAUGACUCUGUCAGAAUUUGGUCAGAAUUCGAUGAUGAUUGGGAGUGUGUCGCUGUGCUAAACGGCCAUGAGGGUACUGUAUGGUGUUCAGAUUUUGCAAAGGACAAUUCAGAAGAAACCAGACUUUGUAGUGCCAGCGAUGAUUCGACUGUACGUGUCUGGAAGUGUGUAGAGGAGGAACCAGACGGACAGCAACAGUGGAUUUGCGAGAGUGUCUUACCUAAAGCACACGAACGACAAAUAUACAGCGUAUCAUGGAGUGACGACGGGCUUAUUGCUAGCACAGGAUCCGAUGGUUCCAUAGUGGUUUAUAAAGAGUCCGCGCCAGCUGUUUGGGAAGUGGUAGAAACAAGAAAGUUAGCUCACACAGUGUACGAAGUGAACGAGAUUAAGUGGAUCAAAGUGAACGGUCGCAAUAUCCUGGUAACCGCAGGAGAUGAUGGCUGCAUUAAUGUAUGGGACUUCCAAGUGCUCUUGUCACAGUAG